AUGCUGCUGCGCGUCUUCGACCGCCGAGGCGCGAAGACGGCGCCCUCGCAGUAUUACCCGCGAGCACUCUUCCAUGUCGUGCGCUGCUUCCAGCUCAUCAGCUCUCUCAUUGUGGGGGGCAUCAUGAGUUUCUUCAUCUGGCAUCUCACACACGACGACUGGGCGACACCAUGGACUUUCAUAUGGGUACGCAAAUGCAUAAGAGACGCAUUCUACCGGAUAAAUUCCCAUCUAAUGGUCUGGAAACAGCUCACGGCCGCGAGCCUCUUCAGCAUCGCCGCCCUCGCCUCCACCAUCCUGCUCCAUUGCUGCAUGGGUCUCCACCCGCGCGUCAACGCCGCCGUGAACAUUUCCCUCGGCAUUCUCUGGACUCUCAGCUGGAGUGUGCUCACAUGGUACACGUCCGGCACUCUGGCGAAUCGGUGUGAUCUCGACCAUUGGGAUGAAGAGCUGGGCAUCACGGUCUGUAGGACUUACAAGGCGCUGUUCACUUUCACGUUGCUUGGGAUGUGAGUUUUCCAUCCCGCUUCACGGGGCAGGGCACAUUCGGUUGGUGAAGUUUCGUUGUGCUGACUGGAGAGGAUACAAGGGUCUCCACGAUUGCCGCUCUCGCGCUCGACAUCCACGUCUCCCGCCACGAUUCGCGACACGGCAUCUAUCGUCUGCACGAUCUGGAUCGUAAGAGGCCGGAAGAAGCUACACGUGGUGCUUUUCCGGAGCAGUCGCGUGGAUACGGGGAUGGACCUCGAGAGAGUGAAGCUUGGGAGGCACCACGGCCUUGGACUGGUCCGUAUAGGGAAUCUGCAGACCGGAACGUCCAGGCGCGAGGCUACGCUGUGCCGGAUGACCAGUUUGGACAUGAUGCGGGAUAUCACGGCUCUGGAGGGCGUCCGAGUCAAGGCCAGGAGAGCUAUUAUAGGUCAUAG